UGGUCGCCAAGUGAAAAAGCGCAUACUCAAAUAGCUGAAAUAAUAACGUUUGCUGUAAAUUAUGGAAAACAACCCUUCAGUUGCUCUCAUCCUUUGUUGCUUUCUCUUGGCAUCGUUCGUCCUCUUCCCUUGUGGAACUGACUCACGUGUACUACUGCAGGAUUAUGAUUAUGAAGAAGGAGACAAUGGACAAACCAAAGCGGGAGUGAGAAGAAGUCAUACAAAUUCAGCACAAUCUUGGGGGAAUUCUCCGCCGACACCGACUAAUUCACAGUCAUGGCAGAAAUCAUACGAAGCUCAAGUGCGGCAACAAGCGGAAGGUGAAGCGCGACGUGAAGCUUGUAACUGGACCCGUGGUCUUACGAAUAGUUAUUGUGAUCCUUGAUGUUAAAGGCACCCACAAGUACAGACAAAAUAGCUCGAAUAAAGAGUCUGACUUGUGCUUUCCUUUCUCCUGGACCAGAGUAUCUGUGCUAUCUACUUUCUGUGUGACUGUGUAUUGUGUGGUUUUACAUUAUGUUUACUUGAAUUGUAAGAAAUUAGUUGUCCUUGAAGUAUUGUUAUGAUAACUUGUCCACGAAAUAUCUUACUUGACUGUAACGUUUUCUUUGCUAAGAGAGCUUCCGGCCUUC